UAGUAUUAAACUAGAAGAAAAUGAUUCGAUUUAGCUACAUUGUGACGAUCAUCAGUAUUGCACUGCUGUGCGUCUCGGCGGAAGAACUCUACUCCGAUCGAUACGACCACAUUGAUGCUAAGGAUAUCCUCCAGAAUGAUAAAUUGCGAGAUCAAUACUAUAACUGCUUUAUGGAAACAGCGCCAUGCCUAACAGCAGAUGCGAAAUUCUUCAAAGAGAUUGCCAGCGAAGCUCUCCAAACUAAAUGUAAGAGAUGUACCGAAAAACAAAAGGAAAUAAUGGACUUAAUAGUGGAUUGGUACUCAAAAAAUAGACCUGAACAGUGGGAAGCUUUCGUCGCAAAGACUAUUGAAAAUCUAAAAAAGAAAAAUCAGGGUGCAUAAUUGCUAACAACUGCUGAAAUAACUCAAAUAAGGAGAGCACG